AAGGGCGCUCAAUAAAAAACUCGGCAGGGUGGGUGGUGCCGACGGCAAAGACUUGAAAAAGAAGAAGAAGCGCAAGGCGGAGAAAUAAUGUGGCGGAGUGAUUUCGGGUCGAUCCCGGAUAAUUUGGGCCACUAGUGUAAUCUACUCGGUAGUAUAUAUAGAGAGAGAGAGACCGCUAGAUGGAGUUAUGGAUCGAUAUGGUCGACAUGUGGUCUUUGUCGCUUGUUCUCCUGCUCAGCGCCUCGUGUCGAGCAUGGACGGCAGUCGAUUCUAGUGUUACCAUCCUCACGCACAAUGAUCUGUACGGUAAUUCCUCGUGGCGUGACGAGUCGUUGUUGGUCCUGAGCAAGGGGAUGACAGCGGGCGAUGCGUCGGAAGCGUGCGAGCGAUAUGGGGAGAAGCUGUGGUGCGCGAGGUAUGCCGACUUUCUACCAUAUCUUGAGUAUGAGGGUCGCGGUGGGUUGUACUGGGCAAAAGGGAUGUGUGUCAAUAUCACCGCAGAUGGACUCCAAGACGCCACUUGCACAUCCAGCCAGCAGCUACCGGCACUCUGCACCAACUCUGCCCCUCUCAGCUCCGCGACGAUGCAGAACAACUCGACAUACUGGCAAGUACAAGUCAAGACCAAUGAUCAGCAUAUCACUGGGUACCGUGAUAAGCAUGCCUUCAGGUUUGAGGGAGUGAGAUAUGCGGCUCAGCCAGAGCGUUUCACCUAUUCGACAGUGUACGAGACGGAUACAAACACGACGGCCCUGGCAUUCGGGUCGGAAUGUGUUCAAUCGCCCGAUGUAGGAUCCGAAGACUGCCUCUUCCUCAACAUAUGGACGCCUUACCUCCCCGGAGAUUCCAACACACCGCUCAAACCCGUCAUGUUGAACAUUCAUGGCGGAGCUUUCACGGCGGGUACAGGGAACGAUCCGAACCUAGACGGUGGAGCCCUGGCCUCUCGAGGCGACGUCGUCGUUGUCGGUAUCAAUUACCGUCUCACCACGCUCGGUUUCCUUGCACUCGACAAUGGAGAGACCAAUGGGAAUUAUGGACUGGCGGAUCAAGUAACUGCUCUGGAGUGGGUUCAAAAGCACAUUGCCGCAUUUGGCGGUGACCCCUCGCGCGUGACGAUUCUAGGGCAGUCAGCCGGUGCAGGGUCCGUCAGAGCCCUGAUAGCCUCCCCCAAGGCGAAGGACCUAUUUGUUGGAGCCCUACCUCAAUCCAACCUCGCAGGAUUCUCGUACGCCACAACGUACAGCGAAUAUCUUAACAUCUCCGCCGAGGUCGACAUCGCCGCGAACCCCAUUCUUAAUGCGACUGGAUGUCUCAAUGCUACCUCUCAUCUAGAUUGUCUGAGAAAGAUCGACCCCUUUGUCCUCGCCAACCUCAGUACUGUCGCGCGGUACGUCGUGCAAGAUGGCGAGUAUAUCACCUCAGACAGGCUCGAGAUCACCGAACCCUCUCAAGUCAACAAUGUUCAUCUCAUGAUGGGCUUUAUGCGAGACGACGGCGCAUCAUUUGGUGGCUACCCCACAGCGAGUGAGAAUCUCACAACGUUACUCACCGCAAAUGGCUUCGGCCCUCAGCUCUCCCCGUCCACCUUGGAGCUCUACCCCGUGCCUAGCGGUCCAAAUGCCACACUGGACAUCUACAAUGCCUCGUCCGCCAUGGUGACUGACGGCGAAUUUAGAUGUCUCGACGAGGCCACGGCGUACUCUGCUGCCCUGCACAAGUCCCUCCAAUCCAUCUGGUUUUACCAAUUCAACCGUUCCUACAACGGGUACGACCCCCAUCCGCCCGUGUGCGAAGCCCCCAUCACCCCUUCUUACCCCUACGGCGAUCCAGAAAUGGAGUACUUCAAGUGUCACUCCGGCGACCUCUCCUACACUUUUGGGACCAUGCCAUAUGUCGGAUUGCCCGACCGUGAUGGCUUGGAUAUCCCAAUGAGUCAGUUCAUCGUCGAUACUUGGGCCAGCUUUGCAAGAUCUUACAACCCGAACCCAAACACCGCAUUUUUGGACGCGAGAGGUUUCACCAACUCAUCAGCGAUGGUAAGGAUGAUUGAACCGUGGAGUCAGGUUAGCGUCGAGAAUCAAACCUUGAGGGUGUUUCAAUACCCAAGUUUCCAAGCAGAUUUCGAGAUCUUCUCGUCUACGCCGAGGUGUGAUGCGCUGGGACUGGAUCUGAAGUACUAUGAGAACUCAUCCUGAAUUACUCCAUAAGCAGAUGCGAAUGCCAC